UCGGUUGGUCUAGAAGGGUGUAGUGAGGAAUUUGCUAUAUUUAGCUAAUUUAGUUAGCUAGAGAUACAAUUAACCUGCAUUUAUUUUAAGAGUAACUACAUAGCUAGAAACGAUCACCAUGGAUGGAUGUGGGGAAGGCAGAGGGACCAACAGACUGAUGGUGGAAAAGCUAUCCUUGUSCUGUGAUAGACUGCUAUCUCACCUGCAGCUGGCCUGCUGUCCCUCUCACUGUGCCUCACCACUACAAGGCAAGGACCUGUUGAUACACUGUCUCCUGGACCCAGAGCUGAAGGCCCUGCGACUGACUGGUCACCAUGGAGACAUCUCUGCCAUGGUAUUUGGGACAGGUAGAGACCCUCUCCUGCUCUGCUCUGCCUCUGCAGAUUAUGUCAUAGUCUGGGACAUCCGGCGCUGCUACAGGAGAACUAGGGAGGGGGUAGUUGCGUCUGGUACAGUUAUUGGGACACUACUGGGCAAGGUAGWCCAUCUGUCAUUUUGUCCCUGUGAUGAGCGAGUGGCUGCAUGCUCAGGGGCGAAAGUAUACAUACUCAACUCCAAUAUAGAGGAAGUGUUGUCCGUGCUGGCUGGCCACCUGGGACCUUUGACAGCAGCUGAGUUCUGUCCAUGGAACAAAGACAUCCUGGUGUCCAUAUCAGAAGACCGCACAUUUAAGGUUUGGGGAUUAAAAAUGGAACAGAUUCUCUAUCAGUCUGCUGUAUUGUCAGCAUCUCCACUACUCAGUAUGUUGUUCUUGGAGAAGAGCAGGCAGCUUGUCACUGGUUCUGCUGAUGGACAGGUGUGGAGCUUCACUCUUCCUGAGGACCACAGAUGUCAUUUGGUGACCAAAUUGGACCUUCACAAGGUGCAACAACGACACCAAAGACACUUGGACACAGUGGCCCCACAGACUGGUGGUAUACUAGGAAUCACUCCAGACCCAGUGGAGACGGCAAAGCCAGUCCUCAGAAUUUGUGCUUAUCACAGGCUACCUGACAUUGAUCAUGGGAAACAGAGCUGGGUGUGGAUGGGAAGCUCUGAUGGCCUCUACAUGGUUGACCUGGGCACCUCUGAGCUCCACAUUGACAUACUUUUCAGAGACCACCCCAACUUGAGCAUCACCAUGGCUGGAUCAUGGGCCAUGUCCCAAGGACUGGAUAACAGUAUGAUCUUUGUGGUGACCUCUCUAUUUGAGGCCCUGGUGUCUGUAUUGGAGGUGAGACUGCUGGGGUCAGGGUCCGUGGACAACCUCUGUCAGCACCUGGAGGGGCUCUCCGUCAUGCCCAGUGCCCCUCUGAUGCCUGAAUCUCCUCUCAAUGCUGAGUUGAAAAAGAAGGGUCCUAAACCUCCCACAAAAACAGGGAAACGUGGUGUGAAGGAGCAGCCUCUAGUUUUCCACACACAGGUCAAGUCAUCAGGAUACACACAAUCUCCCCGAAUGACAAUGUUCUCACCCAAGACCAGUGUUCAGAAGAAGACCCCAGGACCUACAAAGACCAACAAGAAGAUAGGAUGUCUCGUUAGUGAUUACCCAGGAGACACUGCAGCACCCAGUGUCCCACACACUAACCUCAGCACAGUCAAAACCCCUACACCAGUUUGCUGUACCCAAUACUCAGGAGAUGGAAAGCAGAUUCUGUGUGGUCUGGGAGACAGAUCUGUAUUGUUGUACAAGUCCUCCCUCACUGGCACUCCAGCUGUUUACACAGGUCAUGACAAGGCAGUGAGCAGUGUGGCCUGGAGUCACAGCAGACAGUGGUGGCUGAGUGCCUCAGAAGACAGGACCCUCCGCAUCUGGCCCACUGGAAGUCCUGAGCCUGCCGUUACCAUGGGGGGUGAUGAGAAGUUCUCCAAAACCAUCCGGGGGGCUCAGUUCUACUACCUGGAUAAGUUCCUGUUACUGGCAUCUGGUCCCUCCCUACACCUCUACCUGUAUCACCUGGACAACACACAGGACGACAUUAAAAGGUACCAGCAGAGGAGUGCCAUCAAACUGACAAGAUGUUUAGAGACAAAGUCAGGAACAGACAUCACUGCUGUGUCAGUCAUCAAUGACUUCUACUCCUACAUAGUGCUGGUGAGUGGUGCUGACCGCUCCAUCCAGGUGUUGGACAUGAACACAGGGACAGUGGCCUCACAGCUCCCUGAUGCCCACAGCAGAGCUGUCCAUCACAUCACACAGAACAAGGGCUCUAUGUUCAGUAGCCAGACUCCAGACUCCUACAACCUCUUCCUGACCAGCGCAGUGACCGACGGAGUUAAGCUGUGGGACCUGAGGACACUCCGUGUGGUUGGUCAAACUCUACUGGUUCUUACAACUGGUUCUCAUAACCACUGUGACCCUAUUCUCCUCACUGAGACUCACUGUUACCCUAUUCUCCUCUACUGAGACUCACUGUUACCCUAUUAUCCUCUACUGAGACUCACUUUUACCCUAUUCUCCUCUACUGAGACUCACUGUUACCCUAUUCUCCUCUACUGAGACUCACUGUUACCCUAUUCUCCUCUACUGAGACUCACUGUUACCCUAUUCUCCUCUACUGAGACU